UUUUGCGAAGUGGAAUGAAAAAGAUGUCAGAUACAGGGAAUUACUAUGUGCUUGCUUGGACGUAAAGAGCAUAUUUCAUAUCUUAUUAUUUUGGAAACGAAAUAUUUUGCAUCAAAAUAAAGUUUUAUAUAUGUUAUUUAUACAUUAUACAAUAUUAAAAUUCAAGCUGUUCUCGGUUAUUGCACUAACCUCGAGAUCUUUGUUAAUCAGCUGUGUUGCUGAUAUGAUAUUAUUGACAUUUUGUUAAAGUUAAUACUAGUACAUACUAUAUUUGUUAGUUGCAAAAGCAAUGAAUUCUUCGCUCAAUGAGCAAUGACGAAUGCUGGUUUACCAAGUUGAAGAAAAAAGCUGUACUUUCUCUUUUGUAUAAUUAUAGAGUAACAAAACAUUUUAUCUUUAUGAUACAUUGAAGAAUUUUAAGUGACAUAGAUAGUAUUUGCGAAUACUGUGAGAAUGGACAGCCUUUUCACACAAAAUAUUUCAGACGAACCAGAGGAUAUACCACAAACAGAUGAACCAGUAUGGAUUCUUGGGAAAAAAUAUAAUGCCAUAAGAGAACUGGACAUAAUUCGUAGGGAUAUAAGAUCCAAGUUAUGGUUUACUUACCGAAAAAAUUUUGUGCCUAUUGGCGGUUACAAUUCUACAUUUACAUCCGACAAAGGUUGGGGUUGUAUGUUAAGAUGUGGUCAAAUGGUUCUUGGUCAAGCUUUAAUUAUAUUACAUUUAGGUAGAGAUUGGCAAUGGACUGCAGAAACUAGAAACAGUACGUACCUGAAAAUUCUAGAACGUUUUGAAGACAAACGAACUGCUGCUUUCUCUAUUCAUCAAAUUGCAUCAAUGGGAGCAUCAGAAGGAAAAGAAGUUGGACAAUGGUUUGGACCCAACACAAUAGCACAAGUAUUAAAAAAAUUAGUUGUGUUUGAUGAAUGGAGUUCAAUUACAAUACACGUUGCUUUGGAUAAUACAUUAAUAGUUAAUGACAUUUUAAAGCAAUGUAGAGUAGAAGGAGGAACAACAGUGGAAGCUGAUGGUGCUGUACCAUUGAAAGCACCUAGCCAAUGGAAACCUUUAUUACUUUUAAUACCUCUUCGCCUUGGAUUAAGCGAGAUUAAUCCAAUCUACAUUAACGGUCUUAAAACUUCAUUCAAAAUUCCACAAUCUCUAGGAGUAAUAGGAGGAAAACCUAAUCUUGCACUAUAUUUCAUAGGAUGUGUUGAAAAUGAAGUAAUUUAUUUAGAUCCUCAUACAACACAAAGAUCGGGUAGUGUUGGCAAAAAACUAGAAGAGGAAGAGAUUGAAAUGGAUGCUACCUACCAUUGUAAAUCUUCUAGUCGUAUACCUAUCAUGGGAAUAGACCCUUCUGUAGCACUUUGUUUCUUUUGCGCAACUGAAAAGGACUUUAAAUCUUUAUGCAAAUCUAUUCAGGAAGAAUUAAUAACACCAGAAAAGCAACCUUUACUUGAAUUAUGUGCAGAAAGAUUAGCACAAUGGUCACCAAUUGAAGACAUAGCUUCAGAAGCUACAGCAACUUCAACUUUUGUAGAUUUUGAACAUAUAGAUCCACAAUAUGAUACAUCUGAUGAAGACUUUGAAUUUCUUGGUUGACAUUUAAUCAGCAAUUAACAAAAUCUACGAUAUAAAUAAUGUAUAUAUAACAUCAAAAAUGAUCCAUUCGUACAUAAAAUACAACCAUUCAUUCAAUAUCUACAUUUGACUUAAACUAGUACUAUUUCAAAGUACUAGUAAUUGAAUAAUAAAAUAAUUUAUAUCAAAUAAUUAAAAUACUGUAUAUAUUACUUAUAGUUACAUUUUUUGGACAUGAGUGAUCUAUUCACAUUGUUAAUAUAAUAUAAUUUUGAUAUAAACGAAUUUUUCUGUAAAGAGUAUAUUCAAAUCACAAAUAAAAAGAUAUUUAAUUUUACAAACAACACAGAAUGUACUUACUUACUUUUUACACCAAUGAAAAAAAUUAAUAAUAAUAUGUAUUAAGUCUCGUAAAUAGUUAAAUUAUUUUAAUAAUUAUGCGUUAAAAAUAAUUUAAGUACACAAACAUACACAUAUUUGAAAUAAAUUAAUUUUAAACAUAAAGUAUACUAUGUGUAAUAUUUAUUUAUUUAUUUAUUCUCAAACUGUACAAUAGAAAAAAUUACUUAUUAGUUGGACUUGAUAAAAAUAUAAAAAAUUAAGAACACUCAUGUCCUUAAAAUAUUUUUGCCUUCUUUAACAGAUAAUGCAUGUGAUGAUCUUAAUAUAUAGUGAUAUGUCUCCAAUGGCAUGCAAAAGUUUUCAGUCAGAUAGUUUUCACCACACAUUACAACAGUGAUAUCUAAAAACUUUUAAUUAAUAUUGGAUCUUGGGUAUAUUGGAUACUGACUGGAAAUUUUUAAACAUGCUAGCUUUACAAUUUUUAGAUAACUGUAACACACAAUAUAAUAGUGUUUAUUUGACAUAUUGUUUUCUCUUAUUUGCGAUACACAUGUAUCUAAUAUUGCUUAAAAAUUUUUUAGAUGUCUAUUUUGGUAUAUACUGUAUACUAAAAGAUCUACUUCGCCGGGAACUUUUGUAUGCCAUUGUAUAUCGUAAAUUUACAAAAAUGAACAAAAAUCAAAUUGAAUAUUUAAAUAUAAAAACUUGAUUAUAACUUUA